CCGGAAACUCACACGAAGAAGAAGUAAACAGAAAGUGAACAGUGACUACGAACAAUUUCCAUUUUAGCGUUUUCAUUGUUAUUUUGAUGUUUAUUAACACCCUGGAACUCAAUAGAUGACUCAUUUAACUGCACAGCACCACAUACUUGCAGCGUGUAGUGUUUAAUACGCGCUGGAGACUGGACUUGUUUGAUAGAUGUUUUCUAGGUAACGCUAACAAUGGCUAACUGUAUGGUUUUUCACACUCAAAUGGCCUCCAUCAUGGAGGUGCUAGCGAAUGCAGCUGUAGCAGAGAUCUGUAAACUCGUAGACGACGAUUAUGCAGUGUUUCGUUUGGAAAUAACUCAAAGCCAGAAAGAAAACAGGGGAUUGCGAAGGAAACUACAGCUACUGGAAAUGAAAGUGGCACGGGAGCGCACAGAGAGGACAAUGAGAGAGCGCGUCCUCGCCAGUCGUCCCAGUAGUGUCAAGAUCCUCGACCGACACAGAGGAAUGGCAAGAGGUGAAGGACAUCUCACUGGAGGCUACAGGAGCUCUGUGAAGCCAGCGGGACACAAUACAUGGAGAGAUGACCAACCAAUCACUGUUGAUGAGGGGAGUGGAACCUCAACCCAGAACAUUAUCAUGCUAGAGUCUGCAGACGCAGAGGCUGCAGGUCCUGGAGUAAAGCAGGAGAGGUCUGAAGGAGAGGAGGACACACAGCACAGCAGAGACAUCCAGGCUGGAGCGCCCCCUGUAAGCACAGAGGAACCCACCACUGUCCCAGCACAGCCCAGGACCCGACGCAGCAUCACGGAGGAGGAUGAGGGUCCAGAGGUGCUGCUGGUGAAGGAGGAGGGUUGGGGGAACCCUGAGGGGACCAUGGUCAUAGAGGACAACCAGACUACACCACCUUCUGAAACCACAGAGGAACCAGCUGAGCAGCACAGGACCACACACAGUCUCCCUGAGUCAGUAGACAUGGAGGAUGGGAAGCCUGAUCUGCUGCUGGUCAAAGAGGAGACGAUAGAGGAUGGACGAGAGAGCACUGACCUGCUGAGUGGACUAAAGAUGGGGGAGCAAGGUGGUUGGCUGGAGGCUAACAGAGGAGACUGGGCAGCCAUCAUGGAUACCCAGACGGGUGCAGCAAAGGGCCCAGGGGAUAACAUCACUGAUCAGGCCAGGACCAGAGAUGACAUAUUGGAGGUCAGUGGAUGGGACACUGUCCUCAAUUCUGAGCUGGGGAUCAACACUGUUAACCACAACCAGAAACAUACAGUCCAACAAAAAACAACAACCAAAGACAGGCUGAGACCAGGGCGAGGUGUAGAUUUGGUCUGCGGGGACAUGUCCAUAUACGGCUGGAGAGAACAGACAGACUCGGCUCGCGAUGCUGUUUCAUGCUCCUAUAGUUGUGAUUCAGUGAGACUGAGAAUUACUGUCAGGUUAACUCCCUAACAGGUGCUGCCUUCAGCCUGCCUUCUAUAGGAUCUAGCAACUGGAACAUGGACCCUGCUACAACACAGCCACUCCCUGGCCUUCGUCCUCCUCACACUCUCCUUAUGUUAAACCAGACCUCAGACAAUGCCAGUGCCUCAACACUAAAUGGCUACACAAGCCCAUUGACAGUAGUAGUAAUGCUAUCAGUAGAUCCGGUGGCAAAGAGAAUCGCUUCCCUGGUUCGUUCUGUGGGAAAGCCUUCAGUUUCCCCAAACAGGUGGAGAUCCACCAGAGGAUGCACACAGGGAAGAAAGAAUUUAGCUGCCACCUGUGUGAGAAAAGGUUCUCCUACCAGCCCCACCUGAAAAGGCAUCUGAAGGUCCACACAGGAGAGAGGCCAUUCACCUGUACGCACUGCAGGAAGAGGUUCUCAGAGAGGAGCUCACUCUGGAUUUGUCAGCAGAAAAUGUGUAGAGUAUAGUGACAUGUAAUAUUAGUUCGUUUUUAGUUAAUUCUGUUGGUUUUAGAUGUACAGUUGAAGUCGGAAGUUUACAUACAUCUUAGCCAAAUACAUUUAAACUGUUUUUUUUCUAGUAAACAUUCCCUGUCUUAGGUCAGUUAGGAUCACCACUUUAUUUUAAGAAUGUGAAAUGUCAGAAUAAUAGUAGAGAAUUUUUGUCUUUCAUCACAUUCCCAGUGGGUCAGAAGUUUACAUACAUUCAAUUAGUAUUUGGUAGCAUUGCCUUUAAAUUGUUUAACUUGGGUCAAAUGUUUCGGGAGUCUUCCACAAGCUUCCCACAAAAAGUUGGGUGAAUUUUGGCCCAUUCCUCCAGACAGAGCUGGUGUAACUGAGUCAGGUUUGUAGGCCUCCUUGCUCGCACACGCUUUUUCAGUUCUGCCCACACAUUUUCUAUGGGGUUGAGGUCAGGGCAUUGUGAUGGCCACUCCAAUACCUUGACUUUGUUAUCCUUAAGCCAUUUUGCCACAACUUUGGAAGUAUGCAUGGGGUCAUUGUCAAUUUGGAAGACCCAUUGACGACCAAGCUUUAACUUCCUGACUGAUGUCUUGAGAUGUUGCUUCAAAAUAUCCACAUAAUUUUCCUUCCACAUAAUGCCAUCUAUUUUGUGAAGUGCACCUAUCACACCCACAACAUGAUGCUGCCACCCCUGUGCUUCACGGUUAGGAUGGUGUUCUUAAGCUUGCAGGCCUCCCCCUUUUUCCUCCAAACGUAAUGAUAGUCAUUAUGGCCAAACAGUUCUAUAUUUGUUUCAUCAGACCAGAGGACAUUUCUCCAAAAAGUACGAUCUUUAUCCCCAUGUGCAGUUGCAAACUGUAGUCUGGCUUUUUUAGGGUGGUUUUGGAGCAGUGGCUUCUUCCUUGCUCAGCGGCCUUUCAGGUUAUUUCGAUAUAGGACUCAUUUUACAGUGGAUAUAGAUACUUUUGUACCUGUUUCCUCCAGCAUCGUCCUUUGCUGUUGUUCUGGGAUUGAUUUGCACUUUUCGCACCAAAGUACGUUCAUCUCUAGGAGACAGAACACGUCUCCUUCCUGAGCGGUGUGAAGGCUGCGUGGUCCCAUGGUGUUUAUACUUGCGUACUAUUGUUUGUACAGAUGAACGUGGUACCUUCAGGUGUUUGGAAAUUGCUCCCAAGAAUGAACCAGACUUGUGGUUGUGGAGGUCUUGCGUGAUUUCUUUAGAUUUUCCCAUGAUGUCAAGCAAAGAGGCACUGAGUUUGAAGGUAGUCCUUGAGAUACAUCCACAGUUACACCUCCAAUUGACUCAAAUGAUGUCAAUUAGCCUGUCAGAAACUUCUAAAGCCGUGACAUCAUUUUCUGGAAUUUUCCAAGCUGUUUAAAGGCACAGUCAACUUAGUGUAUGCAAACUUCUGACCCACUGGAAUUGUGAUACAGUGAAUUACAAGUGAAAUAAUCUGUCUGUAAACAAUUGUUGGAAAAAUGACUUGUGUCAUGCACCAAGUAGAUGUCCUAUCCGACUUGCCAAAACUAUAGUUUGUUAACAAGAAAUUUAUGGAGUGGUUGAAAAACAAGUUUUAAUGACUACAACCUAAGUGUAUUAUGUAAACUUCCAACUUCAACUGUAUAUUCUUCACUGAUGAAGAGUGACAACUUUGUCCCUUUUUAGGUUGAUACUGGUGUUUUAAAGUGAGAUAAGGAUGGUGCCGUAAUUCAUGUUUACUUGACAAGUAGUGAAGCUGUAUGAAAUGUAAAUGUUGAACCUUUUCCAAAGUAUCUUAACAUUAAAUCGAGGGUACCAUAUUUACAGAAAAGGUCAAGUGUUACCAUAGUGAGAAAAGUUAUUGUACCUGUCACAUGUAUUGUUUGUGCAAUAAAAUGACUGAAAUUCAUGUUUGUGAUUGUAUGACCAUUUUGUUUAAAUUAAAUACAAAAUUGACUCUC